AUGUCGCCCUCCGAUACACCACCAGGCCUUGUUCCAUCUGGCCAGGAAAAUGCAGCGCUACAACCUACAGCUACUGAAGGGUCUCUCAAAGGGCUCUGGAAACGAGCCAGUUUGCCAUACAAGGCAAGGUCGUCCGUAAUGCCUGAUGGUGCUGCUCCCCAAGCAGCCCAAGAAACCAUGAAGGAGUCAAGGGGGCCAAGUAUCCGUUGGGCCCCACUCAAUGUUGGACUCGAACGGCGCUUACAGACUCUGGUGGUGUUAUGCCAUACUCUGACCAUAGCGAUCCUGUUAACAGCAUUUUUCUUCGUGUGUGCAAUCCCCUUGUUCUGGCCUAUCAUACUGCCUUACCUUAUCUAUAUAUCCCUUUUUUCAACGGCAGCCACGUCGGGUGAUUUGAGCGGUAGGUGUGACUUCUUACGUUCACUCGGCGUGUGGUCAAUAUAUGCAUCGUAUUUCCCGGCCCGCUUGCAUCGGUCAGAACCUCUCCUCCCAACCCGGAAGUAUAUUUUUGGUUAUCAUCCGCAUGGAAUCAUCUCUCAUGGUGCUUUUGCAGCGUUUGCUACCGAGGCUCUUGGUUUUGCAAGACUCUUCCCUGGUAUCACCAACACCUUGCUUACGCUUGAUUCAAAUUUCCGAAUUCCCUUCUACAGGGAAUAUGCGCUAGGCAUGGGGAUUGCCAGUGUCUCGCGCGAGUCAUGCGAGAACCUGCUAUCAAAGGGCGGCAUUGAUGGGGAAGGAAUGGGGCGUGCUAUAACUAUCGUCAUAGGUGGUGCUCGCGAGUCUCUUGAUGCUCUUCCGCAUACAUUGCGCCUUGUACUCAAGAGGCGUAAAGGUUUUAUCAAACUGGCAAUUCACACUGGCGCCGAUCUUGUGCCUGUACUGGCCUUUGGUGAAAAUGAUCUCUAUGAACAAGUGCGCUCUGAAAACCAUCCUCUUAUACACAAAUUGCAGAUGCUGGUCAAACACACAUUGGGAUUCACUAUUCCGUUAUUCCAUGCCCGUGGCGUGUUCAACUAUGACGUCGGUCUGAUGCCAUAUCGUCGGCCACUCAACAUUGUUGUCGGUCGUCCAAUCCAUGUUGUGCAGCAGCGUGAUAGGGGGAAGAUCGACGAUGAUUAUAUAAACCAUCUCCAUUCCUUGUACGUGCAGGAAUUAGAAAGAAUAUGGGAAGAGUGGAAAGAUAAAUAUGCAAAGGAUAGGACAUCGGAGAUCGAAAUCGUUGCUUGA